AACCCAGAACUGACAGUAGUCACGUAUGCCGAUGGUUUGAAUCACAGCCACGAGCUAGCCCUUCUUUCCUUUUAGAAGUCUUGCAAAAGAAAACAAGAAUCAUAAAUCUGGAAGAGCUGAUUUCCAUGAAUAUGAACAUGAACUGUUUUCUAGGUUUUCUUACUGAUGUGGUUAAAUGAGGAUAUUCUCUUCUCUAUGAAAGGAACUUAGAAAACCCUGCACGGUGAGCCUCAUGCUUGGACGUUUGCUGCAUGUUGUUCUGGGAUGUCACAUCCUCCUGCUGCUGCAUCGUUGAGGACUUGUUUUGAAGUCUGUGUCUGAUGUGGCCUCCUGUGCACACGGACUAAAACUGCACUCUCCUUCAGGUCCAGCCCUGUUGGGAAUCCUCCUCCAUCACACAGAUUCGAGGAAGAGCUUGAUCGUGGAACAGGGCGCCAUGAAGGUUGAGUUACUGCCAGCCCUGACUGACAACUACAUGUAUCUGAUCAUCGAUGAUGACACCAAGGAGGCCGCCAUUGUGGACCCAGUGCAGCCCCAGAAGGUUGUAGAAAUGGCAAAAAAGCAUGGGGUGAAGCUGACUACACUGCUCACUACCCACCACCAUUGGGACCACGCUGGUGGGAAUGAGAAGCUUGUCAUGCUGGAGCCUGGAUUGAAGGUGUAUGGGGGUGAUGACCGGAUUGGGGCCCUGACUCACAAGGUCACACACCUAUCCACACUGCAGGUGGGGUCCCUCAACGUCAAGUGCCUGUCGACGCCGUGUCACACUUCUGGACACAUCUGCUACUUUGUGAGCAAGCCCGGCAGUUCUGAGCCCCCUGCUGUGUUUACAGGUGACACCUUGUUUGUGGCUGGCUGUGGGAAGUUCUUUGAAGGGACAGCAGACGAGAUGUACAAAGCCCUGAUCGAGGUCCUGGGCCGGCUCCCUCCGGACACAAGAGUGUACUGUGGCCACGAAUAUACCAUCAACAACCUUAAGUUCGCUCGGCAUGUGGAGCCCAGCAACCCAGCCAUUCAGGAGAAACUGGCCUGGGCAAAGGAGAAGUACAGUAUUGGGGAGCCCACAGUGCCGUCUACCAUUGCAGAGGAGUUCACCUAUAACCCGUUCAUGAGAGUGAGGGAGAAGACAGUGCAGCAGCACGCGGGCGAGACGGACCCUGUCACCACCAUGAGGGCCAUCCGCAAAGAGAAGGACAAUUUCAAGGUGCCCCGGGACUGAGGUGGCCGCGGGGCCUGGGGUGCCCAUGGCUGCUGCCUUCAAGCGCAUUCCGGUCUUCAGAUGUUUUAGGUGAACUUUCUGCUGGGAGUGUAGGAAAUUCAGUCUUGGUUUAAUUUUAAGUUAAUUUCAAGGCCCUUUGCUUGUGUUAUCAAAUGUUUUCAUGCAUAUUUAUAAGAGAAAAAUUUAGAAAGUAUUUAUUCCUGGAAGUUCUGCUUGCAGACUCUGUUCUCUGGCUUUUUUGUGGGGCCCCUGCAUGACCCCCCAACAAGAGCUGUCCCUUUCCCCUGCCAAGGGCAGCAGCCCCGUGCUCACCUAGAAGGGGGUGCGCUCUCCUUUUCCUGGCACCCUGAGAAGGGACCCGCUGUCACCCCCAUUUAUUCCUCCUCUGCCCUCCUGCAGCUACUUCUAGAGGAAGUCAUUCUCUCAAGGAUCCUGUAUCAUUACCUUCACAAAGUCAUUUUUGUUUUGAUAUAGUCAGGCCUUGAGCACCUAUCUGAGCUGUCCGAGCAAGGAGGAACAGGGAGAGGCAGCCAUGGGGUGUCCUGAUGGGACUCGGGGGGUGUGGCCCAGACCCAGAAGACAGUUGGUGGCAGGAAGAAGGGGCAUUUGUUCCCAACUAACUCUUUUCUGCAUUUGGAAGUUUCCUUCUGUGCUUGAUAUUUUCAGUUUGGCUUCGAUCUGUCGAUCUGUGAUAAAACAAUAGUGCCGCUUACCGAGCCUGUCACUGCAGCCUGUGGUCAGUCUUUGCUAUUGUGAUGAUACGUAGACUGUGUGCCACCGCUUCUGUUGAUGUCGCCUUUACUGCUCUUCCCAGACAGGUCAUGACAAAGCAUGAUUGUCUAUCGCCACUCUCUAUAGAGUCCUCAGGUCCCAAAGGUCAUUUGUCCCUGUUCUUGGCUGAGCUUGGGGUGCAUGUCACUCGGCAGUUGCCUGCAUGGGCCAUGCUGCUGUGAGUCUGGGAAUAAGGACAUUUAAAAAUUGCUUGAACCCAGCUGGUGUUGCUCAGUGGUUGAGUGUUGUCCCGUGCACCAGGAAGUAAUAGAUUCACUUCCGCAUCAGGGCACAAGCCUGGGUUGUGGGCUUGAUCCCCAGUGGAGGGCAUGCAGGAGGCAGGCAAUCCAUGUUUC